GCGUUGCGGAAACGCAGUUAUCAUUCGCACCGUCUCGCGAACGGUUCACUCGGUUCUGGUUCUGGCGCGUGUUGGUCGCUUUCGACUGUCCGUACGAUCAGGAGCAAGUCGGUGCGUUACAAAGCGUUACACACAGGAGGAAACAUUCUAAUGGUUCUUAGUGCCAAAACGGUGUAGGUGCGGUAUUCCACAUCAUCUGCACCGUACUUGCCGCAUCCGCGUUGCGUGCAUAAAUGUUAGCCUACCUUUCAGGCGCAAUGUGCUAGCGAGUGAAAAGUUCCGAUCCGAUUGCGUAUCGAUCCAGCGGGUUGUGCGAACGUGCGAGAAAGCGUGCGCAAAACGGGGACCAGGCAGCGCUGGUUCUGUGGUGAAAUGCAUUUAAGUGCAAUAUAAAAAUUAAACGACAAAGUUGUUUGGUGGUCAACCAGUCUGUGUAUGUGUGUGUGAGUGCGUAAGUGUUGUGUGCGGGUUAAUGCAAUUGACAUCCGGUGUCAUUGGCAUUCCGGGCGAUUACCGUGAGCGAUAGCGUCCAGUACGUGACGGUCGUGCAGAGUGCUUGGUGCUACAUGGGUCAUAUCUACAUUUUAUGGUAAUUCCGGGAGUGUAUUUUUCCCCCCUCAUUUGUAGCUGCAUAGUGUUUUUGGUGCUUUCUUAUCAUCGUUGCGCUUGCUGACGCGCGGCUGUAAUUGCUUCCAACGAAAAUGGCGAUAGACACGAAUUGUUGCUAACUGCAGCUAAACACACACACACAUACAAAAAAGCUUUUGUCUUGCUAAAAAACGCAAAAAAAACAAACAUCCCAGCGAUCCGACCACCAUGCGAGGACGAACGAAAGUGAAACGAGCUCCGAUUCUGCGGUAAGCCACCUGCCAGGUGUCUAAUUGCGACCCAAAUCCCACCGCCCAGCAGCCAAACCAUGGAGACAGUGGUGGCCAACGCGACGGCCCUCACGUGGCCAAUGUCCUCCACCGUGCCGGCGAUGCUACUGCCGGACAGUUCGUACGCAAGCUUUCCGACCGGUGGCGUCACCAUGUCGCUGGAUGUGCUGCUCGGGCUCGGUCUGUUCGAUGCGAACGGGACCGGCACCGAGAACGCAACCGGCGACCCGCUGGAGCCGCCCCAUCCGUGCGAUCCAUCGAGCGACCAGUUCGAUUGCUCCGUGGACGAGUUCCUGGUGUACGCCCGGGGUCCACAGCGGAUGCCGCUGUUCACCGCCAUACUGGUCACAGUUCUGUUUGUCGGUAUCCUGGUGACCGGUGUGAUUGGAAACUUGAUUGUGUGCCUCGUAAUCGUUCGCCAUCCAUCGAUGCGUACCGCCACCAACUACUAUUUGUUCAGUCUGGCCGUUUCUGAUCUCAUAUUUCUGCUGCUCGGGCUCCCGUACGAGAUCAGCCUCUACUGGCACCAGUAUCCGUACAAUCUCGGUCUGCCCUUCUGCAAAAUUCGCGCACUCAUCUCGGAAGCUUCCACCUACGUCUCGGUGCUGACCAUCGUCGCCUUCUCGAUGGAGCGCUUUCUUGCCAUCUGCCACCCGCUGCACCUGUACACCAUGUCGGGGCUGCAGCGGCCGGUGCGCAUCAUCGCCGGCCUGUGGGUCGUCAGCUUGCUGAGUGCGGUCCCGUUCGCCGUCUUCACCGACAUCGAUUACAUCGCUUAUCCGCCAACGAACGAGAAAAUCCUCGACUCAGCGUUCUGCGCCAUGCUCAGCAAUCCGGAGGGAUUUCCACUGUGGGAGCUGUCGACCUGUCUGUUCUUUGCCUUUCCAAUGCUCAUCAUGGUGGUGCUGUACGGGCGCAUGGGAAUGCAGAUACGAUCCCGCACUCAGCGGACGGCCGAACUCGGCGUUCGCAACGGAUCAGUUAAUGGACCAUCGAGGAUAUCACAGUCACGGAAAGCCAUCAUCCGGAUGCUGGCUGCCGUCGUGAUAACGUUCUUCGUCUGCUGGGCGCCCUUCCAUGCACAGCGGCUACUGUUUCUGUACGCGCGCGACUGGCAACACUUCAACACGGUCAACACGUGGCUGUUCUCCGUGGCCGGCUGGCUGUACUACGUUUCCUGCACCAUCAACCCGAUACUGUACAAUGUGAUGUCACACCGGUACCGGGUCGCAUUUCGGGAAACACUCUGCGGACGACGGCGCGGCUUUGGUGCCGGUUUCGCUCGCGAUCAGUCCAGCUUCCGGGAGACGACGAUCGACGUGAAUACGGCGGGCGGCGGCAACGGGUACGGCACGGGCUACGAAAGCUCCCGACUGCUACGUGCACGGUCGAUGAUGCAAUCGAAACGAUCCCGAUUCCGGGGCACACUGCACGCGAACAACAGUAUACGCUACAGUGACAACUGCAUUCGCAGAAAUUCCCUACAGAUUGGCAACAUGCCCAGCAGCCGGAACUCGCUGUCGCCCAACCUCACCACCGACGUGGUGGUGAUGCUGGAGAACAAUCUCAACGGGCGGCCCCGGUGCUACACGACGUCCGCCACGACGCUCGCCACGAACGUGGUGUCCAGCAACUCGACGGUGACGGAGAACAGCUUCAAGAUACCGCUGAUCAGCAUUGACAGGCCGGACCGGUACGGUCCACCGCCACCGACCAGUCCCAGUCCGAGCGGGGACAGCUGCAUCAGUAUGGAGCAGGCGACGAACGCACUGUCGAACGGUGGUGGUGGUGGUGGCAAUAUCACGCAACAAAGUAAUGUUAAUGUUAAUAAUAAUAAUAAUAGUACGGUUUGCAACAAUAGAAACUAUGAGAGUGCGACCGUUUUCCCUGCCCCGACGCCGGACGGCGAACCGUCUCCAUCGUCCCCGCUGCUCGUGCUGCCAGCCAUUUCGAUAGUGCUGCAGGAGGACCACCACAACGAAGCAAGUGCUACCACCGAACCGAACCAGCCGGGUGACCCAUCGCACCGGGAGACAAGCCCGCCCGACCAGGCUGGGGCCACCCCGCCAACGUUCCACUAUCAGCCGAACCUGCUGGUGCAGCAGCGGUGCGGCGAGAUGGAGGAAGCGGUCGUGCUGCUGACGGAGACGAAGCGUGAAACGUGCAUUUAACAGUACUGCAGCUAGCAGGGCACAGUGAGCCGACACUGGGAGGACUGUAGGGCGCAAAAAGGGAGAGGAAGAGAGGGUUGAAACGCGGCGUUGAAGGUGUGCGCGCAAGUAGUUGGUGUCGCAGUCUCCUUCCCCGAAACACGUGUCACCGGCAAACACCCAAAGAAAGUAGACAAGAAACGGUCAUGGCGACGAGAGUUUAGAUUUGUAAAGAAGAAAAAAAAAAAGAAAUACACUCACAAGAAAGUGAUGGUACACCACGUUCUACCGUAGUACGUACGGAGAAACCAAUCGAUCGAAGCAAAGGUAGCGCGUGGCUAACGAAGCCAGAAGCGGGACAGGGAAUCCGUGUGAUCGAUGUGCAGAAAAUCCUUCCCCCAUUUGCCCGACGUACAACAAUGUGAUGAUGAGCUUACUAUAGAGAAAUAUCCUGUAGCUGUCUUCUGAUUUAUUUUUCUUCUUUUUUUUUUUUUUGAAUCUAAUCUUCCCAAGACGUUGAUGAAUAAGGGUAACAGUUCUCGGUUUAACCGGAAGCACCGGGUGUAAGGAGGGAUAAUAAAAAACUAGCCAAACAGAGUGUGUAUAAAGUGAAGUGUUACAUUAGGAUAUAAUAAAGUAGCGAAUAGAGAGAGGGACAGAGAGAGAGAGAGAGAGAGAGAGAGAGAGAAAGAAAAAAGGAGAGAGAGAGAGAUAAUGUAGGUGAAAAUAAAAGAGGAAACCCCCAUGGAAAUGUUACGAGUGAUGGAAACGAAUGGUACAAAAUGCAGUUAAUAUCCAUUUAAAACACACACACACAAAACAACUAAUCUUUAACAGAAACGAAGUGUUAGUGUCUCACCCACCUGUCGAGAUCAUUUGCUUUAAGAGAUGGAUUUAAUGUGAGUCUUUAACACACAAACUAUUAGUGCAUUUUUCGAUUAGAAUUUUGGUUAAUUUCAUCCGCUUUUGUGGCCGCAAAAGCAAUGAACCAAAAACACAUAGACACCCACAGUUCCCGUGUUGUUUUCCACUUCCGGUUCGGUUGUGACGCACACGGUGCCUGUAUUGUAUUGUGAGCGCAGUUCCACCUUCCCACCAGCAUUGGAGAUAAGUGGACCGUUAGUGGACAAACAGCGAUAAGAAGCAGGCACAGUGGAGGGAAGAGGAUUAGCGGCUUUAAAUGAUGACGGACCGGGCAGAGGGGAUGAGGGCUGAGCGCACGUUGCUGCGGAUGUGGAUUCAAACAAUUCCGGAAGUACAUGCUCUCUCUCUCUCCUUCUCGGAAAGAACAAAGCAAAACGAACACAAAAUCCCCCCACAGAAUUCGGUCGAAACGAGGGUGAAGCAACGAGAGAGCAAAAAACUGAACACACCUACAUAAUACACUCCCAGGAACACUUACACAUUUAAACAAACACACGCAAUCCAGAACGGGUACAGAGAUCUUCGAAGGAUAUGUUUGUUGUAAUAUGAGAAGAAGAUAAAUAAAAAGUUUAAGAUGAUUGUAAA